ACCCAUACCAGGGGGAUAUGAACCCAAGGUGGGAGGUUUAGAUGAAGUGGGACCAGAAUUUGAGAGCCCCAGAAUUCUAGAAGCUUAGAACAAUCAGAUCGGAUCCUAGGAACCCAUCAGUUCUGCCCCCACUUUGAUGGGAGUGUCAGUGUUGGUCAGUGGGUGGGGUAGUCCUUAGGGGACAGACCCUGAGUGAGGGCAUUAUGGCAUGGACUUCCGAGAGGCGUCGACCGCAGGGCAGAGGAGGCGUACCCCCGAGCCCGAGGUCCUGAAGGCCGAGUAGCCCGCGAGAUGCCGGGUCUGCUGAACCAGAUCACAGGGGCGGCCCUGCCCCUCACCGCGUCCGACGUCACCUCCUUCGUCAGCGGCUACGCUCUGGGGCUCACCGCCUCCCUCACCUAUGGAAACCUGGAAGUCCAGCCCUUCCAGGGUCUCUUCGUGUACCCCCUGGACGAGCACACCACGGUGAUCGGCUUCGAGGCGGUCAUUGGGGACCGUGUCGUGACGGUGCAGAUCAAGGACAAAGCCAAAAUAGAGGGUGGCCACUUUGAGGCCACCGGCAUUCGGGCUGCGACUGUCACAGGAAAGGUGGCUCUGGACGAGGAUUUGGAGCGGAUCCUCUUUGUGGUCAACCUGGGGACCAUCGCCCCGAUGGAGAAUGUCACUGUGUUCGUCAGCACCUCCUCGGAGCUCCCGACGCUGCCCAGCGGGGCUGUGCAGGUCCAGCUGCCUGCUGUCUGUGCCCCGACCGUGCCCCAGUUCUGCACAGAGAACACCAGCGCCCCCAGCCAGCAGGUCCACGGCAGAGACAAGCACUGCUUUGGCAGCCGGGCCCUGGACUCCUGGAACAGACUGUGCCUGUCGACUCUCCUGGACACCGACGUGUCCAACCCCAUGGAAUACGAGUUCAACUUCCAGCUGGAGAUUCGUGGGCCCUGCCUGCUCGCAGGGGUAGAGAGUCCCACCCACGAGAUCCGAGCCGAUGCCGCCCCUUCCGCAAGCUCGGCCGAGAGCAUCAUCGUCACCCUGGCCAACAGGCACACCUUCGACCGGCCCGUAGAGAUCCUCAUCCACCCCAGCGAGCCCCACCUGCCACAUGUCCUGAUGGAGAAAGGGGACAUGACCCUGGGGGAGUUUGACCAGCACCUGAAGGGAAGAGCGGAUUUCAUCAAAGGGAUGAAGAAGGACAGCAGUGCAGAGCGAAAGACAGAAAUCAUCCGGAAACGCCUUCACAAGGACAUCCCCCACCAUUCUGUCAUCAUGCUCAAUUUCUGCCCCGACCUCCAAUCAGUCCAGCCGAACCUGAGGAAGACCCGUGGGGAGUUUAUCUUCCUUGUCGACAGGAGUGGCAGUAUGAAUGGGACCAACAUCCAAUGCGUCAAGGAUGCCAUGCUGGUGGCUCUUAAGAGCCUCAUGCCAACCUGCCUCUUCAAUGUCAUUGGGUUUGGAUCCACAUUUAAAACCCUCUUCCCUUCCAGUCAGACCUACAGUGAGGAGAACUUGGCCAUGGCCUGUGAUAGCAUCCAGAAAAUGCGAGCUGACAUGGGUGGCACCAACAUCCUCUCCCCGCUCAAGUGGGUCAUCCGGCAGCCAGUGCUCCGAGGCUGCCCGAGGCUUCUCUUCCUGAUCACAGACGGCGCCGUCAACAACACCGGGAAGGUGCUGGAGCUGGUGCGAAACCACGCCUUCUCCACCAGGUGCUAUAGCUUUGGAAUUGGACCCAACGUCUGCCACAGACUGGUGAAAGGGUUGGCAACUGUGUCCAAGGGCAGUGCUGAGUUCCUGGAGGAGGGGGAGCGGCUGCAACCCAAGAUGGUCAAAUCCCUGAAGAAGGCUAUGGCCCCGGUCCUGAGUGAUGUGACUGUGGAGUGGGUCUUCCCUGAGACCACCGAGGUCCUGAUCUCACCUGUCAGCACCAGCUCCCUCUUCCCUGGAGAACGGCUGGUGGGGUAUGGCAUUGUCUGUGAUGCCUCUUUAUACAUCUCCAAUCCCAGAACUGACAAGAGAAGACGAUACAGCAUGCUGCACUCUCAGGAGUCUGGCAGCUCUGUCUUCUACCACUCACAGGACGAGGAGCCCAACCCAGACAGCAGGGACUGUGUCAGGAGCGUGGGGGCACCAUUCAACCCGAGACAGGCCAAAGACGCCCAGCCGUCCAGCGGAGACGCCACCCCCAAUCCCGGUCUAGACCUCUCCCAGCGACGGCGGGCAUAUAGCACCAACCAGAUCACCAACCAUAAGCCCACCCCAAGGACCCUCAUAGCCAGUGACCCCACAGUGGCUACCAGGAGAUACCCGCUGCGGAAAACCAAGCUGCAGGACCUCACCAACCAGACCAGCCUGGAUGCUCCUUGGUGGCAGAUUGAUUUGCAGCCCUUACUGAACGGUGGCCCGGACCUGAGCCAGGGUCCCAAACUCCGGGGUCCAGGGGCCCGCAGGCCCUCUCUGCUGCCCCAAGGCUGCCAGCCCUUCCUGCCCUCCAACCAGGAGACCCAGGCCUGGAGCCCCAUGAAAGAGUUGGAUCUUGGGUCCAAUUUGAAGCCUCCCUCAGAGAGCCGCAGCCCUGGGGACCUGGAGCCGUCCCAUCACCCCUCUGCCUUCGCGACGGAGACGUCCUCCAACUGGGAGCCCCUGGCCGAGUCUGAGGAGCGGGCCAGCCCCAGCAGGCCCUCCACCCCAGGCCCCGUGCUGGGCAAGGCCGUGGUCAAGGGCCUGCGGGACAGCCAGCAUUUGCAGUGGGAAGUGAGCUUCGAGCUGGGGCCUCCCGGCCCCGAGAGGGGCGGCGCGCAAGAGCCCGACCUGUGGAGCGAGACCUUCCACCACCUGGCGGCGCGCGCCAUCAUCCGGGAUUUCGAGCAGCUGGCGGAGCGAGAGGGUGAGAUUGAGCAAGGGUCCAGCCGCCGCUACCAGGUGAAUGCCGUGCACACCAGCAAGGCCUGCAACGUCAUCAGCAAGUACACAGCCUUUGUGCCCGUGGACAUAAACAAGAGCCGUUACCUGCCCACCGUGGUGGGAUACCCCAACUCCGGUGCUGCGUUGCGGAUGGUCAGCUCUCGGGUCCUGACUCGACAGUGGAAGGGCACUUCUGGAUUUGGGCGGUCCCAGACCAUGCUUGGAGAAGACUCAGCUGCAGGGGACAGCAAAUAUCAGAAUCUAAACGUGGAGGAAAGCACCCUGACACCCUUCAGUGAGAGCAUGGCCCGUGAGAAGUACGCUACUCUUGAAGGUCCCCUGCGAGGUUUGGCCACCAACACUCUUUCUUCCUUGAAGGCCUCAGACACUCUCUUUGGAUCCAGGCUGAGUCUCAACAAGUCUAGGCUGUUGACACGAGCAGCCAAGGGCUUCCUGGGCAAACCGCUGACCAAGACUCCAGACUCAGCCCAAGGGAACCAAAGCUCCAACUACAUCCCACUGGUGUCUCUGCAGCUGGCUUCCGGGGCCUUCCUGCUCAACCAAGCCUUCUGCGAGGCCAUCCGCAUCCCCAUGGAGAAGCUCAAGUGGACCUCGCCCUUCACCUGCCACCGGGUGUCGCUCACCGCCCGCCAGCCCCCCAGUCCCCAGCCGUGCACCAGCCCCACGCCCCUGCACCCCUCCUGCGAUGGCCUUUCCCAGGAGCCCCUGGCCGAGGGCAGGCCGGGCCAGGAGCCCAGGGCCGUGGUGGAGCACAUGGGGAAGCUGUGGGCCACCGUGGUGGCACUGGCGUGGCUGGAGCACAGCUCCGCCUCCUACUUCGUCGAGUGGGAGCUGGUGGCCGCCAAGGCCAGCUCGUGGCUGGAACAGCAGGAGGUGCCUGAGGGCCGCACUCAGGGCACACUCAAGGCUGCCGCCCGCCAGCUGUUUGUACUCCUGCGGCACUGGGACGAGAACCUGGAGUUCAAUAUGCUCUGCUAUAACCCGAAUUACGUAUAGGGGGGCGGUGGGGAGGCUGGGGUGGCGUGGGAGAGUGAGGGGAAUCCCGUGGGCCUGGUAAGCGGCACUCUUGAAAACCAUAGCCAAUAUACUGUUGCUAGAAAGAGUCCUAGACUGGCAAUCGGGAGGCCUGAAUUCAACAUCAACUUUGCUACCACCUACCUGUGUGACUUUAGGCCAGCCUCUGCCUCCUUUCUGGGCCUCAGUGUCCCCACCCAUAAAAGAAAUGGGUGAGGUGAGGGAGUUGGACUAGGUCUCGAGAAUGUCAGAUUCCUUUCUGCCUGGACUUCUGGGGAGCCACGGAACUGACUGCCACUGGGGGUUGGAGAAAGACUACAUACAGUUUAAAUCUCAGUUCUCUCUGGAGGAGGAGCACAUGGGCAGACCACCCCCCACCCCCGACCCAGAUAAAGGAUGGAUGAACAGACCCCAAACCUGAAAGUAACCAGACCUGCAAGCUUGCAUCUAGGCAGGGGGAGACCACCUCUGCCAGUUGCAUUCUGGGACAGGCCCUUGACUCCAUGGUGACAGUCCAGGACCCUAAAUCCCACCAACAAACAGCCUGGAGAACCAUCCUCCCCAGCACUUUACAACAGUCACCUGGGGAACUUUUAUUUUGGCUUGGAAGCCCUUCCUAUAUUUCAGUGUUGGUUUGCAGAUUGUGAUUUCCUAUUCAAAAAGAGGACAAGGGAAGAUUCCCUGCAAGGUGAGGUUUAGCAUAAAGCCACGUUCUGUGCAAAACCAGUCCCAAAAGAAGAGCCAUGGUCAUAGAAGUCAGUGGAGAAAUGAGAGGACUCCUUAAGUAAUUGAUAUACACUUUCCAGAAUUAUGUAAUGCAAGCUCUAUCCACUUGUCUUGAGGGGCUAGAGAGGCUCCCGGUGUCAGCUGCACUCUGGGAUAGUGGAGGCCUCCUCUUGCCAUAGCAUGCGGUGAGAGAGAGAAAGGGGCCUUCUUGGCAACAGAGCUCCAUGCUUGGCUGCAGUGCAUUUGGGGAUGGUGGCUUCAGCUGGGGGCUGUGAUUUAGUCAAUGAAGUGAAAGACUCUUGAAGCUUCAAAGCAGAGAGCCCCUGGGGACUUCCCUCUCUCAGGCCCGCCGUGUUGGGGACAGGUGUGUUCUAGCCUAGGAUUCCCUCAUGGCCGGUGCCCAGUCACCUCUGCCCUGUAGACUCCCUUGGGGGUGGGUCUGGACCUCACCUGGGAAGCCCACCAGCUUGGGACCCCAGGCUGAGUCCACACCCUUGCCCACCCCCCUCUCCAAGGCCUUAAUCUCUCCUCACCAGGUGGUCCCUUCUGGCCCAGGACCCUGGCAUGAAGCCUGCCCCUGCCAGAUGUCCCCUUCAGGGGGACCCCACGGAUCAAACACCUUCAUGAAGCCCCAAGAAGACUCAGUGCCCGGUCUUCAAGGGCUGAGAGAGAGGGCAGGGUUAGCAGGAUGCCCAUCACACAUGGAGAAAAGGCAGUCCCCUCAGGACGGGGCGUGCCAUCCCCGUGAAUGGAACUACUGUCAGGCUGAGAGCUGAAAUGCCUGGCACUAGUUUGGGCAAGUGGCUUCCCCUUUCGGGGUGACCCGGAGCCAGGAAGCAGGGGCUUUCUCCUGCUCCGAUAGUCCAGGAUUCUCCAUCUCUGAGAUGGUGACCAUGGCGUGCUUGUCUGUGUGACCUUGAACAAGUCCCCCAUGCUUUCUGGGCCUCUCUCCCCCUCCACCAUGACCAGCUUGGGACUGGGCUGUCCAACUUCCUGUGUUCGGCUGCUUCUGGGUCUCUAAGCUCAGUGCGGACAAUGACCUGGGCUCAGGUGGUCCAGUACCUGCCCAGUAUGAAACCUGUGCUGUAAGACUCCUAGAAGGAGGAAUUGAGAAGCCCAGCAGGGUGGUGGGCAUACCACCCCCUUCUCCAGGGAGCGGUUCCCCUACCCAGCACCCAAAGGUGCAGAGGAACAGAUCCUCCUUGACUUCAGAUAACCCAAGGGCUUUGGGGGACAUCUGGAUAAGAGGCUUUGUUUAAAGAACUCCAGUGGUAUUGACAAGACAUGGGUCUCAGAAAUCCGCCCCCAGGGUUGCCAAGCAAAGGACCAAAGGGACUGGUUCCAAGGAAGAGGGAAGAACCUUAGGUAACUAGUACAAAAGGUCUUGUGUAGACGAACCAUUGCCCCUGUAAUCAGGAUUGAUGUGGAUUCCUCUGGAUUCUUUGUUAACCUGGCCCCUGCUUUCUAGGUCAUGCAGAAGGUCGUUUAUGUCCUGCCUGGCUCAAGAAUCAGGAGGAUACAAAUGCUUAAUGGCACCGCUCAAAAGAAUGCGGAGCUGAAAGCUGGGGAAUUUAAGUGCCAUUCUAAACGCCGCCGGUAGCGUGCUGUGUGACUUCUGGCAAGCCGCCCACCUCCUCUGGGCCCCAUGUCAUCUUUUGCAGGAGGAGGAGGUGACGCUAGCUCGGCAUUUCCACACUGUUUCUUGGUGGACAGGUGAGUUAGCCAUUCAUGAGAAUCUGUCCAGCAGGCAAAUAUGCUGGGGAAACACUAAGGAAACAGAUUUCCUGAAGUCAGGACAACCAGUCCCACGAAUAUAUAAAUACGCAUUGCCCGUCUCCAGGAGGUGACGUGAGUCUCUCUCCCCAGGUCAUUCAGUUGAGAACAUGCUGCUAGAUCUCCAUUCAGGUUCUUCAGGCGCUGACAUUCAAAAAGCCUUUCAGUUCAGUUCAGUCGCUCAGUCUUGUCUGACUCUUUGCGACCCCAUGGACUGCAGCACGCCAGGCCUUCCUGUCCAUUACCAACUUCCAGAGCUUGCUCAU